AUGGGACCGGCGGGCAUGCAUGCUGCCGCCAGCCGCUGGCUUGGGCGGAGGCGCUGGUGGGCGCUCGGCGCGCCAGCUUGGCUGGCUCUCCUGCUCGCCAGCGGGACUGGUGACGCCUCCGCGGCAGGCGAGCCCGCGCCCGGCUUGGGAUUCGCCGCGUUCGGCGAGCAGUCGGAACUCGGCGCCCUCUUCGCGAAGGCGCUGCCGGCCCUCGACGCGGGCGCCGCGCAGAGCUUCGCCGCCCACGCCGUGGCCCAGCUGUCGGAGCGCUACGUGUCCGAGGGCGCCGCCGCCCUGGGCGAGCUGUCGGCCCAGCUGGAGCGGCACGGCGCAUCGCUCAAGCAGGCCGCCCACGACUCCUUCGCGCGCCUCUCCGAGCAGUCUGCCAUCUGCGCAACCUGCGCCGUCCAGAGCAUGAAGGACGCCGUGGCGAGGCUGGAGGAGCAGCGGUCCGCGCUGGUGCUGGCAGCAGGCCAGGCGGCGGAGCGCCUGGUGGAGCGGGAGGCGACGCUGAAGCACGCGGCCAUGCAGGCCGCGGCGCAGCUCGCGGAGAAGAUCUCCGGGAGCCCCGUGGGCGAGCAGCACAAGCGCAUGCAGGCCAAGGCCAGGGAGGCCGUGGAGCAGCUGAGCAAGUGGCAGUCGCAGGCGAAGAGCGCCGCGUCCCAGACCGCCGCGCACCUCGCGGAG